AUGGCAUGUGUCUCUUCAUCUAAAUUUUCUAUCUGUUUAAAUGGGGAAGUACAUGGUUACUUUAAAGGGGGAAGAGGACUUAGACAAUGUGACCCUAUAUCUCUUUACUUAUUUACUUUGGUGAUGGAGGCUGUUACUCUUAUUAUGAGUAAGAAUAUUGAGGAGUCAGAUGAGUUUGGAUAUCGUUUUGGUUGUAAGGAAUUGAAGUUAUCCCAUAUGUGCUUUGCUAAUGAUUUACUUGUGGUCUGCAAAGGAAAUAUUGGAUCUCUUAAGGUUGUGAAAAAGGUUUUGGAUGAAUUCAGUCAAGUUUCUAGAUUGAAUCCUAAUAUGGCAAAAGCACAAUAUUCUUUGGGAGUUUGUGUAACACGCGUGGGUUGA